UGUACCACGUGAGACCGUAUUUGUCUGCAUGCAAGACAGAGAAGGUAGAAUAAUAAUCUAGACGGCAAUUGUUAGAUUAGAUGGGGAAUUAUGUUGACGAAUUGCGUCAUAUCGUGUACGUCGCGCCAUCAUUCACGCAUGUAUAUACGAAUACUUCGUGAUAUCGACCGCACGAAUGUAUAAACGCUGCAUGAUAAGUAUCGGUUAUAUAACGAUCCUACACGCGUUUACUUCACGUUUCGCGUUUACUUCACGAUCUUACAGUUCGUAAGAUCAUUUCGCUCGCGCAAUCUGUCGUGACGGGUUAGGUGCGGACUGCUCUCAUGAAAGAAAAAUGGCAACGACAAAGCAAUGGUUCAUCGUUGGAGUAUCUGGAGCGACCUGUAGCGGCAAGAGCACGCUGGCUGUUAAAAUUCGCGACAAUUUCCCGGGAUCCGUCAUGGUGCGUCAGGACGAUUAUUUCUUGCCGCCGGACGAUCCGCGUCACGUCAAGGUGACGGAAUUGAAUCAUAUGAAUUGGGAUGUAAUUACGAGCUUAGAUAUGCAAAAGAUGCAUUCCGACGUUCUAAAGAUACUCGAAUCUCGCGGGAAGGAUGCGGUGCACUCGAGUAAGGGCGUGUUGAUACUAGAUGGCUUUUUGUUAUUCAAGCACAAGGCUAUCGCGGACUUAUGCGAUCUCAAGUACUUCUUGACGCUGACGAAGGAACAAUGCUGGGAACGGAGGAGAAAUCGCACGUACGAACCGCCCGAUGUGCCGGGAUAUUUCGACAAAGUGGUAUGGCCCGAGUACGUGGAAUACAAAAGUGAAAUCACACGAGACAACAAGCUGUGCGCGUCUAUAACGUUUAUCGAUGGAUCUGAACACAUGGAGGAAAUUUACGAGACGGUCUCCAAGGAAAUCAGUCAAUUGUUAUCAUAGAGUCACCUUAGCUUAUUUUUAUGACAACCAAGUUUAAAUUAACAAACAUGUCACAGACACGAAAUACUAAACUUUUAUACAUUCCUGAAAAUUACAAAAAGGACACUUCAAUUUCAGGCUUUAUGAAUGACUAAUCAUUAAGAUAUCUAAUGAAGCGAGUAGAAAAGUUGCAUCAAUUUGUAAGCUUGUACGAUGUUCUUCCGUGAAGAUCUUUUUGUCGACUUGGAUUAUACUAUUAACAAAUAUGUCACAAGCACGCGAAAUAAAAUUUUUAUACAUUCCUGAAAAUUAAGAAGACUCAAUUUCAAGUUGAAUGAAUUAUUAAUCGUUGAAAUAUCCAAUGAAGCGAAUGAGAAAAUUGUAUCGUGAAUUUAUACGAUAUUCUUUCUAAAGAAUCUUCAAUCUGAAUAAAAGUUUGUGUUUUUAACGUUUAA